CUACCUCACAGCGCCCUGACAUAAGCUUUUCGAAUCUAUGUGCGAUUUUAAUGAACAAUUGUCCGGUGCAGUUGUGUUUGGUUGACUUAUGAUUUUUGAUUAACAGAAAGCCAGUUUUGCUAAAAGUUGAUAGUGCUAGUAAGUGUUGAUCGUAGUUUCCAAUAAGUAACAAUGGAUAACUUUUCGGUGUAUAUUAUUGUGUGCUUAAUAAUCACAUACGAUCAGGUUCCACGUCGUACUUUAUCCGUUCCAUUGAUCCGUUACGCACGGUCUCCAAAUACUACACCGGAAAGUCAUAUAAGCAAUUUUCUCCAUCAGCAUCGAGCGGAUUCUCGCGCAGAUAAGCCAACGCAACACUCAACCAACCUUACAAACCCAGUUCACGAUUUAUCCCGUCCUAAAUCUACAACAGAAGCUCCUGUUUCGCAAACUGAGUUGCUGGUGAAUCUUAUCCAUAAUACUAUACAGACUGUACGUGAUCAGUUUCCUGCACUAAUUAGCGCCAUAUCAAGCCCAGGAGAUUCACCAAAAACAGACGAAAAAUCCAAAAAUCUUCAUUCAUCCAAUAUACACUUUAUGCAUGAGCGCAGCGCAAAUGAAACUUUAGAAGAAAAUGUUUCUGAGUUUGAUGAACGAGAACCUCAGAGCGAAGGAAAUGGUGAAGAUUAUAGUGGACAAGAUGAAUUUGAAGAAAACAACGGACAUGACUUUCCCAAAGAAAACGCCCCUAUUGCUUUAAUACCACCAGCGCUAAUAAGGACUAUUGUGGAAACCAGCGCUAGUAGCUCCGUAAGAGGAAGCGCUGGAGCUAGCGCUGGUAGUGUAGCAAGCACUAGUGCCAGCUCUAGUUCGAGUAGUAGUAAUGGAGCUAGCAGAAAUACCCGCCAAAUUGAAAGCGAAAGUCUAGGAAGUGGUUCUGCAGAGUUUCUUGGUGCAGUUGUUAAACAUAAGGUUCAGGCCUUAACUUCGUUACUAUUUGCACCGAUUUGGGAUGCUUCAGCCUUCAUCCAGCGGACUGUUGGUUAUGCUUCCAGCAGUGGUAGUGGAAACUCUAUUCCUGAAAGCUCAAUAUCUCCACAUCCGGAUCACGGUCAUCAUGGUUCCCGUCAUGGAGGGAGAGGCGGUGAUUACCAUCACUCACAUGUUGGUCAUACACAACACCACAAUGACAACCACCAUCACUCCGAAGUAGACAAUUAUCAUUCAGGUGAACGUGAACAUCAUACGGAAGGCCACGGCAAUCAUUUGCACGAGAACAAUCUCCACACUAAUCAACACUCUGAAAAACAUGACCAGGAGUCAGACCAAAGACAUUUCCAUCAUCAGAAUACUAUGAAAAAUGAAUCUGCUCAACUUAUCUUCGAAGGCUACGAUCCGAAUCUACCCCAUAUUGUACAUUUGAGAGAUAUUAGAAAUAAUUUCAAAGCUAACGUCACGGAUAAUUUCCUGCCAGAGGAAACAUUGGCCAGUGCCGGACCAGUACGUGUUACAUUUGGAAAAACUGGCUUAGAAAAGAAUGACGGUGAUCAUCUAAACAUUUCUGUAAGGAAAUCUAGAGAAGCGAGAAUGUUAUUAAAUGAACGGUUGGGAAUUUACAUACUUGAAAUUUUUGGAUCUAUUGCAGGACUGAUGUGGGGUGCAUUUCACCAAAUUACACACCUAUUCCAAGGAAGAAACGACAAUCAGGUCAAUUGAUUUUGAAAUAUAAAUGCUAAUUGAAAGGUAUAUUUUCUUAUUACUAAGUCUAUGUUUAGAAUAAGGUAAUAUUUGAAAUAAAAGUAUACAACAGUCUGUUCAAUAAGAAAGUGUACAGUAAAAUUAAGGUUAAAAAGA